AUGUCGAUAGGACAAAGCACGCAGACCGAGGUGCGGGCCUCCGCGUCGGGUGCGCGCAAGCUAUUACGGCGGGUGAGCAAGUCACUCCUUACUCUGAAGAAGACCAACGAUCAGCCUCAUAAACGCAUAACGUUGAACUACGACGCGAUCGCGCAGGCCAUGGAAUAUCUUGCCCUACCAGAUCUGUUGCGGACAAUGGCGACUUGUCGGUCUCUGUACGAUCUCGGCAUUCCGAUCCUUCUCCGAGACGUUCGAUUCGUCCGCUCACGAGGCAAUUAUCAAUCCCGUUUCCUUUUAUACCGGAAGCAUUUCCUCACGAACCCCAUCCGUUUUGCCUGGGUUCAGAGCCUUGCCUGCCCCUCUAUCGCCUUGGACGACCGCAUUUACACACAAUUCCUUGCUAUGCCUCGCAACUUUACGUCUCUGCAGGCACUCGACAUGGACAUGAACGGAGCAGAGGUUGACAAUCAUCUCUCUCGUUGGAUCCUAUCGCUGGAACGCCUCCGAGAGCUGAAGAUACAAAACGUGGGUGCCCAUUCGGAACAUCAAAUGGGCCUUCUUCAGCGUAUUGGUCCCAGGCUGAAGGUUUUGCACAUCUCCACGGAGUAUUUUAUGCGAGCGCCGCCCCAUUUCUAUCCUCUUCGUGCUUUGGCGAGCUCUACUUGCUCACUUUGCUCCUUGUCCUUCUGCUGUAGUUAUCCUGAAGGCGGGCCAGCUAUCUCAAACGACGAUAACCUGUCCUUUCCAGCAGUACAGGAGGUCACUUGGAUCUCUGCAGAAGUCGUAUCUGCCUGCGCCCUCAUCUCUGCCUUUCCUGGACUCCGUCGACUGUACGUCGCAGAUCCCAAGCUAGAGAAAAAACACAUCUUUGCCCCUCGCCAAGAUACUCCAGCAGACGUAAUACUCAAUCUGCGCAUGCGCAACCGCAGCAUGCAGCACUGUCACCGCGCGCGGUGGCAGUCGCUUGACGUCCUCCGAGGCAGCCCUGUCACGCUCUGGGCACUUGCCUUCCGGUGCCGAGUCGUCCGGCUCGAAACCGCCCUGUGCAAUGGUUUCGAGAAGCCGGGGUAUACCCUUGCCAUUCUUCAUGACGUCUGGCCGGAGCACCUCGUGUUGGGGGUAUCCACCCAGAGUGAUGUGCAUCUCGACAGAGUCCUGGAAUUCCCCUCUUUGCGCACCGUCGAACUCACCUUCACUAUGAUGGACAGCAAAGGCAUCACGCAAAUUCUCACCAUACUGACGUGGCCAAUUGUGUUCAAGCCCGGGUUAUGGCUCGACUCUCUCGAGGGCCUAUCUCCUAAACAGCGCUGGUUUGAGAAGCCGCCGGUAAAACGCAGGUUUCCUGCAUGCUGGCGAGUUUGGAUCCCGAAGGUAGUUGAAGCCAUGCCGCUGCUGGAGUACUUGAAGGUUGAUAUAUGGGGCUAUCGACCCUUCACCUGGGAGCAGGAGAAUGACGCGAUUGGUGCCGGCGCAAGCGAGGACGCUGCCUCGGAUAUUACUGUUGGUGAUCGUUUUGAACCUGCGCUGUGUGCAUGUGUGUCUUCGGACUGAAUUUUAUAAUUCGUG